UCCGCUCUGCUCCCUUGGUGAUGGUGCUAGCGAGGGUGGCACUUCAGCCCGCGUACCGGGACACAAAUGUGAACGGAACGCCUCGUCCACCGGAUCGUUUGAACUCUCAUUUUGGGAACGUCCAACUUUUUUAUUUAACACUCCAUGGAAUGCUGACGAUUUGUGGUGGAGCAUUGAGGGUCGUUUUGGGGAAACGCUGGCGCUUUUGUGGACCCGCCGCCGGAGGCUAGUCUGGAUGCUGGAGCUCGCCUGCGAGCACCCCGGCCGUGUAUGUCGUCUUUUUCCUCGGAUUUGCCUUCGAGGUUCUUCGACGGCCAACUCCACAUUCAACCAUCUAAACUUCUAAAAUGGUGUGUUUCACCUUGUCCUCUGCUCGGUUUAAACCUGGAUAAGACAGGGAGGAGCAGCGACGACGUGACAACAAUCAGACACGACGAUCGGCGUUACUUUCCCUCGUGGCGGCUCUUCUAGCCUGGGAUUCUCUCGAUAAGGGCAUUUAAAAGAGCAAUUGAUGCAUCUUGGAGUGUCCGAGUCAAUGAGAGAGUGCGAGUACAGCCAAAUAAGCACUCGCAGCUCCACUCCAAUGGAGACCCCUUUCAAGAAGAAGACCCCCAAAAAGAGGAAGUGGGAAUCCUUCCCUGGUCGGAAUAAAUUUUACUGCGAUGGGAGGAUAAUGAUGGCCAAGCAGACAGGGGUUUUCUACCUCACCCUUGUCCUUAUUCUUGUCACUUGUGGACUUUUCUUCACCUUUGAUUGCCCGUUCCUGGCUGAGCAUUUGACGCCGGUUAUCCCAGUGAUCGGAGGAGUGCUUUUUGUCUUUGUGCUGGGAACACUGCUGAGAACCAGCUUCAGUGACCCAGGGGUGCUGCCUCGGGCCACUCCAGAUGAAGCAGCCGACCUGGAGAGGCAAAUAGAUGUGGCGAAUGGCAGCACAGGCUACAGGCCACCACCCAGGACUAAGGAGGUCGUCAUCAAUGGCCAAACUGUCAAGCUGAAGUACUGUUUCACUUGCAAAAUCUUCAGACCUCCACGUGCCUCUCACUGCAGCCUCUGCGAUAAUUGUGUGGAGCGUUUUGACCACCACUGUCCCUGGGUGGGGAACUGCGUGGGAAGGAGGAACUACCGCUUCUUCUACAUGUUCAUCCUUUCGCUGUCCUUCCUCACCAUAUUCAUCUUUGCCUUUGUUAUUACACACAUCAUUUUACGUAGCUCUCAUCGAGGUGGAUUCCUCAAUGCCCUUAAAGCUAGCCCAGCCAGCGUGUUGGAGGUGGUGGUGUGUUUCUUUUCUGUGUGGUCUAUCGUUGGCCUUUCAGGCUUCCAUACGUAUCUUAUCAGCUCCAACCAGACCACCAAUGAAGACAUAAAAGGUUCAUGGUCUUCUAAAAGAGGGAAGGACAACUAUAAUCCAUACAGCCAUGGCAACAUAGUCACCAAUUGCUGUGCAGCGCUGUGUGGCCCUCUGCCACCGAGUCUCAUUGACCGACGUGGCUUCAUCCAGCUGGACACUCCACAGCUGGCACCGCCAACCAAUGGCAUCACUGUGUACGGUUCCACACAGUCUCAACAGAGCCACAUGUGUGACCAAGACCAGUGCAUUCAGAGCACUAAAUUCGUUUUGCAGGCCGCUGCCACGCCUCUCCUCCAGCAGCAGAGCAGCGAGCCAGUCAUCAUGACGGCCUCCCCGGAAAACGGAGUAUCCCUCCCGAGCCGCACCUCACUCGGGCUGGGUGGUCCUUGCGCUUCACUGCCCCUCGGACAGCCCACGCCACCGACUUCCACGGCCAGCCUUAGCUGCCAGGAGGCCACCAACAUGCUGCCCAUUCACACACGUGGCCACUCGCACAACCACAGUCGCCCCCUCCAGGAGCAGGUUGCACAUCACCACUUUCUCACACCAGAGGACAUACCCUCACCCCCAGGUUUGCUUCCCUGCAACAGCCCCCUGGGUCACAGCCACACUGUGCAGGCCGGCUUUUACAAUCCGGCCAGCCAGGACUCGCUGCACGAGGAUUCUGUCAGAGGACUGGUCAAACUCAGCUCUGUCUGAUCACAAAACUGAAACUACCCCAAAAACGUGCCACUUUCUGACAAGGGAGCACUCACCUUGGAUUUCAGGUUCCCACCAAUGCCAUGGUUGGAAGUAGGAACCUGAUGAGGGACCUGAACACCACCUAAGUGGGACCAAGCCACCUCAGUCAACAUCUUGCCAAACCUCUCUGCUGUGUUGCCACACUUGACUCCCUCUGUACGUGGGAAAUCUUUCCCUCCUCUGAUGUGCGCAAGGGUUUGCUUGUCAAAGUGGUGUUUUGUCUGUUAGACGCAGACAUUUCAAGCAAAAAAAAAAGAGAGACAUUUUUGAUGGGUCUUGACAUUUUUGGUCAAAAAUCUGAAUUUCUGUCGGUCUCACUGUUCGUUGUUUUUUUUUUUUUUUUUUUCCAUGAGAUUGUCUUAAGUUUGGUUUAUGUUUGACACAUUUGUGAGGUCCACACAGUGAAAUUACAUCAGCCACCACAGUUCUGCUUGCAGGUGCACCAACAAAAAUGUGUAACCUCGUAGAUGGUUCCGCACCGGAAAACAUGGCGGAUGAACGAGAGCUGUUCACAGUACUCUUGACAUUCUGCCUCUGUUUCAUUCUUUUUUUUUAAUUAUGUAUAUGGUUCCCCCUUAUACAUAUUUUUACACACUUAUAUUUUUUUAUUGUUCCUGUAAACUGUUGUCAAUUUUAUUUAAAAUAAUAAGAAUAAUAAGAAUAUUAUUCCUUCUAUUGUGGUGAAGUGUUCUUCAUAUGCCAUAGAUGCUCUUCACUGCCCCCUUUGGUGUAGGAGAAUAUCGACUAACAGUAGGGUCAAGCCACACAGAGUAUAAAUGCUGCAAAAGUCGGGGGCUUGAUUUCACACGUCUCAUUUUGCACAAAACGUACACACGUCAAGCAUAAACCAAACUUUACACCUAUUUGCCUGUUGUUAAUUGGACAGCAAUUUUUUGUACACUCAGCGGUGACAAUGAUUGAUGUCACUCUAUUGCAUAUCAUUCAACUUUUUUAUGUCGGGAGUGUAAUGACAGUUGUAUUGUACCGAGGUUAUCAAAAAAAUAUAUUUCCUGUGGAUAUAAAUAAAAUCACUUUUUACCAGA